AUGGAACAAAGCAGGCAAAAGACUCAGAAUAUUACAAUUUCUACUGAGCGCAGAGAAGACCUUAUCACAGAGGCUUUAUUCUACAAAGACUUUGCUGGUCAUAAAAGUGGAAGUGAUAUGAAGUUUAGUGGUUAUAAAUUACAUUGCAGUGAACGAAAGGUUGCACUCAUGUUAGAGGUACCACGGCGGGCACUGGCUGGAAUAAAUUCGCUCACCAUGGCUGCCUCAAGUGGUGUAAGGAAGAGGCGAUACAACAGAUUUCCUGUUGGGAAAUAUAUGGUCUUGCAGAAGGAGAAAUGGGACAAUGUUUUAAAAGAAACAAAAGCUAUUCAGGAAACAGAUGUGCAAUUAGCUCAGAAAGAGAAGGAACUUUGUUCAAAACGUGAGAGAAUGAGACGAAUAGAUGCAAAAUUUAGUAUUGAAAACCUUGAUAAAUAUAUUGAGGAAGGGGGUGAUGUUAUCAGUGAAGUGAAUAGAGCAGGUAGAGCAGGUCAUGGUAGUUCAGAGCCACCUAGGAAGAAAAGAUUUAUUUCGGAGAGAUCAACCUCAAUAAGAAUGAGAAACCGCACUCAGUUUGGUGCAAAUAGUACAGUUAGUCUAGCUACUUCAAGAAGGAGGAGUUCAGAGACAUUUGAGGCAGCAUGUCAGAUUCAUGGGGCUACUAAUCACUCAAAUUUACCAGGCCAAGUUGGUCUGUGUGACACAGCAAUAACAAAAUGUUCUGAAAAACUUUUAGUUAAUGUUUUUUCAACAAAUGUUAAAACAGUUAAAAGAGUAAUUCCUAAGAUAUUACAGAAAGGUAUAAAUGAUUAUGAAAAGUCAAAUGAUAACAUGACAAGAAGUAUCGCUGUGUAUUAUAGUGGCGGUAUAAUGGGUAAAAGGAAGUAUCGUAAUGUUUAUAGGGCAAGUAGUUACAAAAAGAGUAAUGAAGCAAAGUCUCUUCGUAUAAAAAUCAAUAACUGCCCUAUUCCGAGACUGUUGCCUUACCAUAAGCUUGCACAUUAUAUUAAAUCAAUAGAUAUUGGUAAACUUUAUUCCAUUAGGGAAACACUUUGUGAUGGUCUAGAUGAAAUUGACAAAGUUGAUGGGGUGUAUAGAAAUAUUCAGGAGAUAGUUCUUAUUCUUGCUAGAUACUACUUAGUGUGUCGAAAGAGGUAUGAGCUUGUAUGCUUUAAGAAACAAACUUACACUUUCAAUAUUUCACUUGGAGGCGAUGGGGCACCAUUUGAAAAAGAUGACACUUCGUGUUGCUGGUUAGUUAGUUUUCUUAAUUUAGGCAGGAAAGUGCUAAGCAGCAAUGAGAAUUAUCUAUUGUUUGGAGCCAAUUGUAAAGAGGAUUGUGUGCCAGUGCGUCGGUUUCUACAAAAGUGCUUGAGUGAUAUUAGUGUUUUGGAGAAAAGUACCUUUCAGGUUGAGUGUGGUGGUGAGAUGGUUAAUGUAAGAUUUCAUGUCUCAGAAAUGCCUAACGACAUGAAGAUGUUGGCAUUCUUUGGUGGAGAACUAUCAAACGCAGCCACUUUCUUUUCUACCUUUGCAAAUGUAAGCACCCAUAAUAUGAGUUCUCUUGCAGGUUCUUUCAGUUUUUCUGGGAAGGAAAUGUGGAAGCCCUGGAAAUAUGAAGACAGGGUCUCUGCUGCAAACAAGGUUGAAGAUUUUAAGAAAACUAUGGCCAAAAAACCAUUGGCACCAGCCACAGUAAGAUCUAAGGUAACAUCCUUCAUUGCCCAGUUGAAAAGCCGCCAGGAAUUUCAACCCAUUGUUGGAAGGUUGAUUGAUCGGGCUCAUGUAGACCCGCUUCACCUAAAAAACAAUGCUUGUGCACUUACCCAUAGGUUGUUGCUUUAUGAAGUAAUUGCAAUGACAAAGCUUGGACAGAAGGUGAAUUCUUUUGCUCAGGUUCCUUCAAACUCUCCAUUUAAAAUGUACAUCCUUUCCAUGCGUGAAUGCAAUUUAUCAAGGUUAGCGAAUAAGAUCAUCAAGUGGUUUGAUGAAACUGGUGCUAAUGGAAAAAGUUUUGAAUAUCGCUUCACUGGCAAGCAGUCAAGACUUUUUCUCCUGCAUUUCAUGAAAUUAAUUUCAUAUAUUGAACCUAUUUCUGAGCCUGGUAGGCAGAAAACUAUUCUGCAUAUUCUUGCAUACAUUUGCCUUCUUCUUAGAGAUUGUGUUUCGAUAUUCAGUCGAAUAAAUAUUUCAAAUGAUGAGAUAAAGAAGCUUACCAAUCUCUGUCGAGACUAUUUCCGGGCAAAUGCUCUGUUCUUUCAAGUAAAUCCCACUGUUUGGACAAUAGGCAAUAUUGUUCCUGCCCAUACCCAGUACAUGAAGGACAAAUAUGACCUUGGCAACGGUAUUAACUCAAUGGAAGGAAGAGAGGCAAAACAUGUCUUCAUUGCAAAAUACAGCAGGAAUACCAAUUUUGUUUCCAGAUGGGAACAAAUUUUCCGACAUGAGUUUGUAUCCUUAAUCUGGCUCAGGGAGAGAGGUUUUAACCUUCCUAAUGAGAGAUCUGAUCAUUCUUGUGCCAAGUCAUAUAUUCCCAAACAAGUAAGCUCUGGAGAUUUGGCAUACUGUUAUUGUGGGUUGCAGAAGGUGUGCAUGUCAGAUGUUAAGUGUAGAUUCUGUGCAGAUAAGCUUAGGAGGUUGAUUGUAUCAAGUGUUUCCUCAGGGAAAAAUCUUGUGUUUAAGUAG